GAGAAUUUCACAAAAUUGAAUCACUAGCUCUUAUAUAUCAUUUCCCACUGCAACUUUUUCUCUACGAACUACACUAUGAUGGGAUUACUAGCUAAUGUCUCAUUAAUUUUGUCCUUGGGGUUUCUUAUUAUCUUCAACCAAACAGAAAGCACUACUGUUGACGAGGUGGAAUCAGGCUUGGCGGAGAGAUGCAUCUACAUUAUCCACAUGGACAAAUCCUUGAUGCCCAAACCCUUUGUCAGCCCUACUCAUUGGUAUGCGUCAGUCCUCAAGUCUGUGCGUGGAGAAAAAUAUUCAAAAAAUGAAGCAGAACAGGAGACAAAUAUUCUGUACGCUUACGAGCACGCCCUUCACGGGUUCAGCGCGAUGUUGUCUAAUGACGAGCUCGAAGCCCUAAAGAAAUCCACCGCAUUCAUCUCCGCAUACCGUGACACUAGCGUCACGCUAGACACGACUCACACGUUCAAGUUCCUGUCUCUGAACAACUCGACGGGACUAUGGCCAGCCUCGGAGUAUGGCCGAGAUGUCAUUGUCGGGGUUAUUGACACGGGCGUGUGGCCGGAGAGUCCAAGCUUCAGGGACGAGGGUAUGACGGACAUACCCAGCAGGUGGACAGGCAUAUGCGAGGUUGGACAGGAGUUCAACUCUUCCAUGUGCAACAAAAAAUUAAUUGGUGUUCGGUACUUCAAUAAGGGUGUGAUGGCGAGUCUGGAGCCGGGUACAUCCCUGAGCAUGAACUCGGGGAGGGAUACACGUGGCCACGGUACGCACACCUCGUCCACCGCCUGCGGGAACUACGUCCCGGGGACUUCUUUCUUUGGGUAUGCAGAGGGGACAAUGAGAGGAAUUGCGCCCGGUGCUCGAGUGGCCAUGUACAAGGUGAUAUGGGAGGAGGGACGCUACGCCUCAGAUGUGGUUGCUGGGAUUGAGCAGGCUUUGGCGGACGGGGUGGACGUGAUAUCCAUCUCCAUGGGGUUCGAUGGCCCACCCUUGUACGAGGACCCGAUUGCCAUAGCAUCUUUUGCUGCGAUGGAGAGAGGAAUUGUGGUGUCUGCCUCGGCUGGGAACUUUGGUGCAGUUGGGAGUCUGCACAAUGGGGUCCCGUGGCUGUUGACUGUUGCAGCUGGGUCGGUGGACCGUUUGUUUUCGGGUACCUUGCGUUUGGGAAAUGGGGUGACCAUCCAGGGCUGGUCCCUAUUUUCGGCCCCUGCCCUCGUCAGAGAUUUGCCUCUCCUGUACAACACCACCUUCUCGUUCUGCAACUCGACCGAUGCACUAUCCGCAGCAAGUGAUGGGAUAGUCAUGUGCGAUGAUGUUUCUGAUGUCUUAAGCCAGAUGUCCUUUAUCUCAGAAUCGGGUGCGCGUGCGGGUAUCUACAUCUCGGGCAACACCGCACUCAUACAAGAAGAGAUAUUGAUGGAGGGUAUGAGGUAUCCCGGUGUGGUGGUCAGCCCGGACGACGGUCAGACGGUGAUAGAGUAUGCCAAGAGAGGUGCCCGGCCGAGCGCGAGCAUUCUAUUCCAGCAGACGGAGGUCGAGACGAGGCCCGCCCCCGUGGUGGCAUUGUACACGUCAAGGGGCCCCUCCUUGAGCUGCCCGGGCAUCCUCAAACCGGACAUCAUGGCCCCGGGGACCCUCGUGCUGGCCUCGUGGAAUCCAAAUGUCGCGAGGGCUUCCAUCGGGAGGAGCAUCGAUCUGAGCAGCGAUUUCGUGCUCGACUCCGGCACGUCCAUGUCCUGCCCCCACAUUUCCGGCAUUGCGGCGCUCUUGAGAGGCGCACACCCCGAGUGGAGCCCCGCAGCUGUACGUUCUGCCAUCGUCACUACGGCCAACCCGCUCGACAAUACCGGGAGCAGAAUCCGGGACGCGAGUUCGGGUGCCUAUGCCGACCCACUCGCCAUGGGGGCUGGCCAGGUCGACCCAAAUCGGGCGCUCCACCCGGGACUGGUUUAUGACUUAUCCCGGCAGGAGUAUGUGAGUUAUCUCUGCUCUAUGAAUCUCACCACCAUGCAAAUUAAGACCAUUGUCAGAUCCGACUACAACUGCUCAAUCCCAUCGUCCGACCUCAACUAUCCGUCCUUCAUUGCUCUUUAUCCUUCUAACCAUCAGGGCAAGAUGUUGAGCAAGGAAUUUCGAAGAACGGUCACAUACGUGGGCGAUGGUAGUAGCCCAGCCGUAUUUCAUGCCAAGGUAGAUGCCCCCAUUAAUGCUCACAUUCAAGUUUGGCCACCGAGGUUGGUUUUCAACAAAAAAUAUGACACCGGUAGCUAUAAUUUAACCAUUUACUACAAAGUACCACCGAAUGCUCAUGUCGUACAUGGUUCUGUCACCUGGAUAGAUGAGGGUGGCAAGCACACAGUCAGAAGUCCCAUUGUGCUUUCUGAAAUGCCUCCUAAUUUAUCUAUCUAGUGUUUGACGAUUUUGCUACUCGCAGUCAAAAGAACAAGGCACACUAUGUUUUAGUCUUUCUUUAUCCUCUGUUUGCUGAAGAAUAAUAAUGUGGAUGCUAUGUUUUUAAAAUCAUAUGGACUGCUUUUGGUUGUUGCUCUUUAAUUAAAGGAUCCUUGUCUUUCAGGUUUAAUCAGGCUUCUCUAUCUACCCAUUUUCCUUGUGCUCAAUGUAAUGAAUAAUUUUGUUAUGUUGUUA